CCGCCCGUGGCGUGGAGGAGGACCGCAGCUCCUACCCCACCCAGGGGCUGCGGUGGGGUUCGGUGAUAGCGCUGCUGUUCCGCCCACACCUCAGCAACGCCCCCGACGGCAUAAAAAGCCGGGAGCCGCCACCCACGGCCACCCUCUGCCAUGAAACUUACCUGGGACAUCAACGACCCCAAGCUGCCGCAGGAGCCCAAGCACUUCGACACCUUCCAGGAGUGGCCCGAUGGCUACGUGCGGCUCAUCUACUCGAGCGAGGAGAAGAACGCGCAGCGGCACCUCAGCGGCUGGGCCAUGCGCAACACCAACAACCACAACUGCCAGAUCCUCAAGAAGUCCUGCCUGGGCGUGGUGGUGUGUGCCCGGAGCUGCGCUCUGCCCGGCGGCGCCAGGCUGCAGCUGCGCCCCGCCAUAUGCGACAAGGCUCGGCAGAAGCAACAAAAGAAAGCCUGCCCCAACUGUAACUCUGCCCUCGAGUUGAUUCCUUGCCGAGGACACAGUGGCUAUCCGGUCACAAACUUCUGGAGGCUUGAUGGCAAAGCAAUAUUUUUCCAGGCUAAAGGAGUCCAUGACCACCCCCGGCCGGAGAGUAAACUGGAGGCAGAGGCAAGAAGAAGUGCAAUUAAGAAGCAAAUGUCCUCUUAUCACCACUCCCAGAAAAAGAGAACUGUAAAUUCAGAGGCAGGAAGGUACCCUGACAGCAGCGGUUACACCAAUAACCUACAGAAUUUUCACUGCAUGGAUGGCCCAGAAAGAGUCGGCAUCUUCACAGACACCAAUUUUUCAGUUCCAGCCCAGUCUUACCCUUCACUGCAGAACACAGACCUCUACAAGGCACCUUAUGACUCAGCCAGCUUCCAAGAGGACCAGCUAUCGCCAUACCCUCCUAAAUGCCCAAAUCCAAGGAUCUACAUGCCCAUGCCAUGCAGUUAUGAGUUUGGAGUUCCUACCUUUAUAAGCUCAAGUCCUUACCCGACAUUUUACAAGGAUCUGCCCAGUCCUGCCAUUGAUGCAGACCCCCUCAGUCUGAAUGGGUCUCACUACAACGCUGUGACCUCCCAUGAUAAGAGCUUUGAUAACCCUGGCAGACAUUACGGACUGAAACCAGCGUGGGGGAAAACCAGCAUCGGAGACCGGAGCGACUACGGGCAGAUGGCAACAAGUGCUCCCCACCCUUACUGCAGUGGGGACUAUCCCUGCAGGUACAGCCCCAGCCCCGCUCCCAUGGCCCCACCACUGCAGACAGUCAUCACCACCACCACCAAGGUGUCCUACCAGGCCUACAAGCCACCCGCACUGAAAUACAGUGACAACCUCUGUGACGUGAAAAACCUCCAGAGCUACACCCACGUGGCAGAAAACAUCUCGGGUGCUGUCUAUUCAGGGAUGAAGAUUCAGGAAGACUUUGGAAUGAUAAAGUCAGCUUUGCUCUACCAGCAUGACUCCAUCCCCACAAAAUCCAAACCAGCUGAGAGUGUGGAGAGCUAUCGGUAUGGGCUCCCUCUGGGGAACAGCUUUGCUGAGCAUGAAGGCCAGGCCCUAAGGUUUGAGAGUGCUGAAUAUUGA